AUGCCUGUCUCCGCUUCCAAGGCGGCCCGUAUGGCCAAAAAGGCUGAAAAGGAUGGCAAGAAGACCGCAGCCUCCAAACUUUCCUCCAAAGCGGGCUCUAAGAAUGCCUCUGCCGCCGGAUCCAAAGCCUCUUCGGUCAAUGGCGAUGAUGGUUCCCCCAUGCUCGACGAGGAUGAACUCGACGCCCCCGCCACCAGCGCCCAGCAGAUGGACAAAGUCAAGCAAUUGACGGAACAGAUGGACAAGCACGGUAUCUCGGACAGAGUCACAACGGGUGUGUUGGCUUCUCUGGAAUCGAGUCGAGACGUUAAAAUCACCUCUGCCUCGUUGGUCUUCCACGGUAAGGUCCUGAUCCAGGAUUCGACUCUCGAAGUCAACUUCGGUCGGAGAUACGGCUUGUUGGGUGAAAACGGUUGCGGCAAGUCGACGCUACUCAAGGCGAUCGAUAAGCGAGAAUUCCCUUUCCCUGAACAUGUCGACAUUUACCUCCUGAAUGAAGGUGCCCCCGCUACCGACAUGGGUGCUUUGGAAUGGGUGGUCAAAGAGGCAGAGAAAGAAGUCAAGAGAUUGGACGACUUGGCCGAAGAGAUUCUCGAGAAAGAGGGUCCUGAGAGUCCCACGUUGAUGGAGAUCUACGAGCGGUCUGAAUCGAUGGACCCCAACACCUUCGAAACCCGGGCAUCCCUCAUUCUUACCGGUCUGGGCUUCAACAAAAAGACCAUCCACAAGAAGACCAAGGACAUGUCUGGUGGUUGGCGGAUGCGUGUCGCCCUGGGACGAGCACUGUUCGUCAAGCCUUCAUUGCUUCUUCUCGACGACCCUACUGCCCAUCUUGAUCUCGAGGCGUGCGUGUGGUUGGAAGAGUACUUGAAGAAGUGGGAAAAGACUUUGAUCUUGGUGUCUCACUCGAUGGAUUUCUUGAACGGUGUUUGCACAAAUAUGAUCGACAUGAGACAGAAAACCCUCAUGUACUAUGGUGGUAACUACGAUUCCUACAUCAAGACACGAUCCGAAAACGAGACCAAUCAACAAAAGGCGUACCUCAAGCAACAGGAAGAAAUUGCACACAUCAAGAAAUUCAUUGCCUCCGCCGGUACAUAUGCCAACUUGGUCCGACAAGCCAAGUCGAGACAGAAGAUUUUGGACAAGAUGGAGGCCGAUGGUUUCAUCCAACCUGUCGCCCAAGAUCGUGUCUUCAGUUUCAGAUUCGCCGAUGUCGAGAAGCUCCCUCCUCCGGUUUUGUCCUUUGACGAUGUCACGUUCAGCUACUCCGGCAAGCCUGAAGACAACCUCUACGAGCAUCUCGAUUUGGGUGUUGACAUGGACAGCCGAACGGCGCUUGUCGGCCCCAACGGUGUUGGUAAAUCCACUUUGCUGAGAAUCAUGACCGGCAAGCUUUCUCCCACAGGUGGUUCGGUCAGCAGACACACCCACUUGAAACUUGGUCUGUACUCUCAGCACUCUGCUGAUCAGCUUGAUCUGACAAAGUCUGCGCUCGACUUUGUUCGCGACAAGUACUCAAGUGUGUCGCAAGAUUACCAAUAUUGGCGACAGCAGCUGGGCCGAUAUGGUCUGUCAGGUGAAGCUCAGACUGCUUUGAUGGGCACAUUGUCUGAAGGUCAACGGUCCCGAGUUGUCUUUGCUCUUUUGGCCAUUGAAGGACCCAACAUGUUGCUUUUGGACGAACCUACGAACGGUCUCGAUAUCCCCACUAUCGACUCUCUGGCUGAUGCUAUCAACGCAUUCUCUGGUGGUGUCGUUGUUGUUUCUCACGAUUUCAGACUGCUUGACAAGAUUGCCAAAGAUAUCAUGGUGUGCGAAAACAAGACUGUUCGACGAUGGGACGGCAGUAUCGGUGAAUACAAGAACUACCUACGGAAGAAGAUGGUCUCCAUGGGUCAAGUUUAA